UGUCAAUCCUCCACCAGCUGUUGAGCUGUUUACUGUUUACAAUUUUCAAUGAUUUCAUUUUUGUACUGAAAUACUAAAUCUAAUAAUUUGCUUGAAUGCAAGAUAAUUAUGGAAGGACAUUUAUUCAUUUAUAAAGAAGACGAUUACAUGUAUUAAAAUGGAGCUUUACGUAACAGGCUCUAAUAUUUUUAAUCAAUGGCUCUGUGACGACUUUGUGAUAAAUGAAUUUAGAAUUUGCUCACCCUCCAAUCAUAAAUUAGAAACUGAUGGAAACCGAACAAUUCUCCUGCAGAUUAACUGGUCGUAUAACAUUUUGCAAAUAAACGAUACGCUACACAUAUCAGGAGCUUGGGAUGGAAAAGAAAAUCAGUUUAUUAAAGUGCCCUUACCAAAUGAUUGUGUUAAAUCCAAAGAAGAACUAUGUAUUACAGGCAAUGAUUAUAAAAUUAUUGUAGUUGAUAAGAAAAUGAGCAUUAUAUGGGUGCUAGAUUUAAAGACCAAAGAAUUUAAAAAUCUAAACUUUCUUAUUGAAGAACCAAUAGAAGAUGGUACAAAAAAAAAGAAGUUAGAUGAUAAUGUUUCAAAAGUUAUACUUUCAAGUGAUUCAUGCUUGUACUUGACACAAAGAGGAUAUGUGUAUAGUGGAAUAUUACCAAGUUAUGUGGACACAGGGCAUUGUACGGGAAAAGUAAUUGAUGUCCAGUGUGGCUAUGAACAUUUCAUAUUAUUAACUGAAGAAGGUAGAGUUUAUACUUGGGGUAAUGGCAGGAGGUUACAGUUAGGACAUGGUGAUAUAAGCAGUCUUGAAAUACCCACAGAAGUAAAUGCACUAGCUGGUAUAAAAAUAAUCAAAAUUAGUGCUGGUGGCUGGCAUUCUCUAGCACUCAGCGAGUUUGGUGAUGUCUAUGCUUGGGGCUUGAAUGACACUGGCCAACAAGGAAUCAAACAUUUAAAUGAAGAACAUAAUGAAAGCUUUUCUGUUCCCACACUAGUCAGUCUAUUUGAUGAACAAGGCAUAGAGAUUACAAGAAAUGUGAAAGAUAUUGCUUGUGGAUCUAAACAUUCAGCCCUACUUUUAGAUGAUAAUACAGUAUGGACAGCUGGGUGUAACAAAUAUGGUCAGCUGGGAAUAUCAGAGCAAAAAUAUCCUUCUUCAAACUACUUCAGAAAUGUGUUUCAAUGUGAUAAGGAAGAUAGAAAUUAUUCACUAAUUUGUGGACCAUGGAAUACUGUGAUAUGUUGUACAUUUGUAAAAAAAUCAUAAAUUAAAUUUAAAAUAUAACAAUUACUUUUUAGUGGU